GUUCGUGCACCCAGCACCCAGCACCCAGAAUGCUCGACGCGACGCCCGCAGAUCCGCACGUGCGUUGCGUCGUGCGUCGUGCGCCGCUCCUCCUCGGAUGCCCAGCGCACGCCGUGUCUCGCGCGGCGUGCGGCGCGCCAGCGUUCCGCAUACACUACACACGGCCAGCGUGGGAUGACGUGCGGAUGGUGCGCCAUGUGGAUCCACAUGGGACCUGGCGCCUGACAAUACAUUGUCGAGGCACAGCAUUGAUCGGUGCACUUCCAGGCCGGGCGGAUGCAUGCAGUAUACAGUACAUGCGCGGGAGCAGUGCAGCUUAGUGCGGCGCAUCGUGCCACUGUCGCGUCCGUCAUGAUGCAUGCCGGAGUGACAUUUAUUUCUUAUGUGCUUAUCUCCGUGGGGAGCGUAAUCUAGCGUACUGGGCACUGGCAGAUCCUGUCGAUCCUGAAAUAGAACUCGCUAUUCCUU